AUGAUCAGGAAUCCAGAUUUAAACUCUUUUGUUUGCUGUGCUGUUUGUUCAAAAAUUAUACCACCACCUCCUUCUCCUGCUACCUUUGAACGGAUUCGGGAAUAUAAGCCUUACAAAACACGGUUUUAUACGCACCGGGAUAUAUUGGAAAUUGGAGCAGAGCUUCAGCAACAACAACAUGGAGAAAAGGAGUUAGAAAUACAAGAACGGCUUGAAAAACUGAAGAAGGAACUCCAGCUUGCGGCUGAGAUACAAAAAGAAGAUGCAUUGGAAAAAGCCCUUGAGGGAGCAGCAGAUGAACACAAUGAAUUUGUAGAAUGCCUUAAAAAAAGGCACGAACAGGAAUUAGAGGAAACAGAGUUGCAAACAAGGAAAGUUAUGAAGCAGUAUCUGGAAGAUGAACUGAAGAGGGAAUCUGAAGCUGCAGAACAGCGCAUGGCUCACAAACUUCAGCGUGUCCAGAUGGAAUGUGCUCUGGAAAAGAUGCAAGCUGUAGCUGAAGUCAGAAGACAGGAAAGGGAGGCUGCACUGAAAGAAAUGGCCAAACAGCAAAAAAAGCACAUGGAGCAGCUCCAUGAAGCUAAGAUAUUGGCUAAAGAAGUGUAUCAGAAGAAGUUUGAUCAAUUAACAAAAGAAAAACAGUAUGAAAUGAAUAUUGCUUUGGACAUAUCACUAAAGGAGAAUCAGGAGAACAUUGAAAAGCAGCGCAAAGAAGCAGAAGCAGAACAUCAGCUUAAAUUGGAAGAAGCAAUGCUCAGACAGAAAGAAACAGAAGCUCAAAUAGAGACUCUAAACCAACAACUGGAAAGCAUGACAGUUUGGAAAAACAGCCUGGAAGCUGAAAUAGCAGACACAAGACAAGCUUUUCAGAAAUAUAUUGAUGUUACAUUUCCUCAGUUGUCUCCAGGACAAGCAGAUUUUAUCCUGCCAUUCCGAAAGACAACUGAUUACACUGAUCUAGAAAAGGGAGCUAAGCCUUGUGACAAAGAAUCUAAGGCCUCUCAUAAGAUGGGUGUAAGAUUUACUGUAAUGACAGGCCAGUAUCACAAGUAG